UCGAGAUCAGCUCUGGGCCCUUUGGCUUUAGCUAUUUUCUUAGGACUUGCUAUGUCAUUGGACCUUAUUGCAAUGGCUUGUUAAUCUUGAAUUGACUUGGAUUGAACAUCUGAUUGAGAGAUGAUUUUACUUCUGCUCACCCUUGAGGUUUACAACACAGCUUCUAGCUUCACAAAAGUCAUGGAAGUGACCCAGCCAGCAUUCAUGGUGGUAAAGAGACCAGAGGCCGCCCACUUUGAGUGUGAAAUCAAGAACAUGGGUACUGCUGAAGAUCUGAAAGUAACUUUAUUUAAAGAAGAAGACAAUGGGUCCAUUGAGAUCUGUGCCUCGGUUUUUACUCACGCUGGGAUCAUAUUAGGCAACAAGAAGGGAAACCACAAAUGCCAAGUUUAUCCUGAUCGUGACAGGGUAAAUGUAACACUUUUGGGUCUACAGUCAAGUGAUGCUGGUUUGUACAUUUGCCAGAUUGAACGGAUAUCCCCUCCACCCUACUAUCCAGUCAAAGGAAAGGGGACCCAGCUCUUUGUCAUCGAUAAAGAUUCAUGCCCAGAUAAACACCUCUAUCUUUGGAUCUUAGUACCAGUAGCUUCUGGGUUGCUUGGAUACAGCAUUUUAAUCACAAUCUUCAUUAUGACAGAGGUCAGAAAAAAACGUUAUUUUUCUCCAGGUGCUUAUGAGAAAAUGGUACCAAUGUAAUUAUAAAGAACAGGAUUUCAACGGAAAAAGGGGAAAAAUGACUUCUAUGAAGUAUCAAUGAAGAGAAUGAAUUUCCUAAUAACUAGGAAUGUGAUUAUAAUUUCCAGAUUGGAGAACAAAAGGCAAGGCAUUAACAUGUAAAUGCUGAAAUUAAAUAACAAAUCUAUUGAAUCAUUGAAUUCAUUUGAAUGCCUCUAUACCUUUCCCUAGAGCAAGUUCAAUUUUCCUUGUAAAAAAUUACCACAAAUUCCUUUACAAUAGUAAUAGCCUUACAUUUAGGACCUCAUGAUAUAUUCAGUCUAAUUAGUGGAUGAAGUAUUUUGUAGCAUGCUCCAUUCCAGAUUAGCUGGAUUGGUUCUUACCUUUUUAUAACAUUUGGGUUUCUUGUAGAAGCAAACCAAGGCAGAUCGCAGAGGAAAUGGACAAGAUCAUUUCUUAACAUAACCAUCUAAAUAAAAUUAUAGCAACAAAACCAAAUCAGAGUAAGGCCAGGAAGCCUAUACUCCAAAGAUGCUUCCAGAGGAUAACAUUUAGAUCUGUUAGAUCUGACUAUGUGAUAAAUUCAGAAAUCAGAAUAACAAAUCUCCAUCUGCCCUUAGCCCCAAAUUCUCCUCACUUGCAUCCCCUUAACUGCUAAAUGUGUAUGCAUGGAUCACUACCAAAUGUUUUUAAAGUAUUUGCUUCCUCACCACCACCACCACUACAAGAAGUGACAUGCUUUCUUUCUUUUCUGAAAGAGCUUUUCAAGCCUGAGCUUGGUGUGUGUGUGUAUGUGGAUGCUCAGAUAUAUGCCAGCCUUUUCUUUCUCUUCAAACACUUUCGUUCUUAGUAUCUAUUCUGAGCUUCUAUACUUCAUCUCCAACUUU